AUGGCACGAUACCGACACCUGAGCUACAGAGGAUGCGCGUGGACAGGCAAGCUCUUCCUCCCAGCUUGUCGCAUCACCGACGGAGAGUGGCUUUACGCCUCACUUCGAAGCUCCUCGACGCGGAAGCGGGCGAAAGUCGGUCCGACCUCUGGAAGCUUAGUGAUGGCCUCCACUGCCGUGUCGACGUCGGAGACAAGCGCGUCGCCAGUCAAGAUAACCACCGGAGCCAAAUUACCUUCAAGCAUGGUGGAGGCCCCCGGCAGGGGCCGGCCCCUGAGGAAGUCGGUGAGCGCCAAAAUAGAAAUAUUGUGCUGGGCCAGUAUGCCAGUGACUUUGGCCAACGAGCCGGCCACGUCCCGGAGCUCGAAGCGCAGGUACGACCGGACCUUGGACUCGCCGUACCGCUUCAGGGUCGUCACGUCGCUGUUAGGCGUGCGGCGGAGUGGAUUGCCCCCUGUUCGCGCCGGGUCCUGCCGGUCGUGCCGGCACUGCGGCCGCAGCACCAGCUUGCCCGCCAGGUCGGCCACGUCGGCAACCACGGCGCUGGCCGUGGGGAGGCGGCCCGCCCCGCGGCCGUAG